CGGGCCCGGUGGUGGAGGCGGGGGAGCAGCAGCAGGCGGGUCCGGCGGGGCUGCAGCUGCUGCUGGCUGGGGAGGUGGCGCCGGCGGUGGCAGCGGCUGCGGAGGCGGCGGCAGCGGAGAUACACCCGGCUGUGCUGGCGCCGCUGCUGGCAGCACUGCCCCAGGCCGCCGCCGCCGCUGCUGCUGCCGCCGGUCCGCUGGGCCCCCACCAGCUGCCUCCGGAGCUGACGCUGCACCUGCGGCUGCUGCAGGGGCUGUCGGGGUUGCGGGUGCUGUCGCUGGGGGGCAAGCCGGGGCACGGGGUGGAGGCGCUGUCGUCGCUGACAGCCCUCUCCUCCCUCAUCCUGGUCCGCUGCUCCGAGUUCCGCCCGCUUCGCAAGGCGGUGGAAGAGCUGCGCGGCCUGCCGCAGCUGCGCUCCCUGGAGCUGCACGCCUGCCUGGGGGGCGACGCAUGCGGCUACGAGAUCGCGCGGCUGCUGCGGCGGCUGCAGAAGCUGCCCAACCUGGCUCGCCUGGUGGUGCGUGGCUGCGACCCGCGGCUGCCGCAGCAGCUGGCCACCGCGCCGCUGGGGAGGCUGGCCGAGCUGCAGCUGCUGGCGCUGCCGGAGCUGAGUCCGCUGGACCUGCGCUACGUGGUGCAGGCGCAGACGGGGUGCCGGCGGCUGGUGGUGCGGGGCUGCGGGAAGCUGGGG